AGGUAGCUCAGGCCCAAGAAGGACUGCAAUGCUUUUGAUGGAGUGAGACCCCACUACCAAGGAAUCAUCUACAAUUAAAGAUCGGAAACCUUAUCAGCCAAAUAAAUCUUGCUUUGAAAUUGAUCACUUAAACAUUAUUGAACUGCAAAAUGGAUGGAGUGGACACCUUGCAGAGUUCUGCCCCAGAGACCAAGGCUGAGCGGAUUGCUCGCUACAAGGCAGAGAGAAGGAGGGAGUUGGCCGAGCGCUACGGUAACACCGAGGAUUUCACCUCCAGAUAUGUCCGAAAGGACAGGAAAGGCACGGAGACAACUGAAACAAAGUGUUCAACAGCCCAGGAGAAAGAAAAACACGAGGAUUAUGGAUCAGAGCGAACAUACACCACAAGGGGCUUCAAGAAUAAAGUAGCAGACGGCGAGGGGGCCGUCCAGGAGAAGGAGGCAGCCGCUCGCCUCAAGACAGACGCACUUCCAUCCUCCAAAUCUGAGGAUAUCUCCUCCGUUAAGACGUCAUCUCGUCUCAGGCUGCGGGAAACUGGUGACACAGCAGAGCCUGAGGAUGAUGGGAAUUCAGUGGAGACUGACGGCACGAGUACAACUUCCAAGGAGUCCCAUUUUAAGGAGCUGGAGCGGGCGGGGGCUGGAAGCAGCCGUCACCACGGCGAUGACGGGGUGAAGCGCCAGCUCUUCAGCACUGAUAAGGAGGACUCUUCUAACAGACUCAAUAAAGCCGAUGCAGGAAGAGCAAUGGAAAAGUCCACAGAUGGAUCUUCCUGGCCGGAGCAGCAUGGAGGUUCCUCCACCACUGAGCUUUCCAGCGUCCUCUCGGACGGAGUUCUUCCACUCAGCAGAAACAGAGACGCCUCGCCGCCGCCCAGCCCUCCCUGCCAGUCUGCGUCUUCGCUGCAGCGCCAAGACUCCGGGCCUCAAAGCAUCAAGGGAAUACUAAAGAAAAGCCGCUCUACCAGCGUGGACUCAGACCACAGCGAGGGCUCCAUGCCGGAGCACGUGCCAACCCUGCAAAGCAGCAUUACCCUAAGCCACCAUGAGAGUGAUGAGGAGGAGGAGGAGGAGGAAGAUGAAGAGGAGGAACAGGAGGAAGAAGAAGAAGAAGAGGAAGAGGACGAGAUGGAGGAAGAGGUCAACAAAGAAAGUGACAAAGAGGACGAGUCGUCAGCUGAGGACAUCACAGACGGCGGCGGCUUCAGCCGGGUCAGAGAGCAGCGGAACGGCGGCAGCAGCGGCAGCAGCAGAGGGAGCUCUGAGGAAAUGCGGAGUCCUUCCCCCACCGAGAGCCUGGAUAAGACUUCCUCAGUGUCUGAGGAUGUGGACGAGCUGGAGAGCAGCAUGAAUGACAGUCUGGGAUCGUCACUGAAACAGAGAAUGUCAGAGUUGACAUGUGGACAGGGUGACAGACAGAAGAAGUCUAAGUCGAGUGAGCUCAUCCAGACGCCUCUGUCCUCUCGCUUCAACCAACUCCAAGAUGCUGAAAACGCCUGGAAGAAAAAGAAGGCCGGCGUUGAUCUGGAGCCCAGAAUGUCGCUGGCGGAGAGGAUGAAGAUCCUCAAGGACAAGGAGGAGCAGUGGAAGAACCGAGGCAAAGGAGCCGCCAACGACUCCGUCCAGUUCACCGUGGCUGGACGGAUGGCCAAGAGGGGCCUCGUGUCAGAGACGGGGAAGGAAGAAUCACCGAUCAUCUCUUUCAAGAAGUCUAAUGCCACACCAGCGAAACCACAUGAAGAAAUCUCCAGCAGAAGUGACAUCAAAGUGGAAGGGGAUAAACGCCUCGACAAACUGGAGUCUUUCCUGGACAAGCUCCAAAAUAAAGGCAUUAGCAAAAGCAAGACAUCCACCAUUGAGGUGACGGCAGAGAUGGAGAAAGAAGUGAUGACGCUGGAUGACGAGGAGACGUUUGGCAACUUCUACAAAAGCGUGUCACCGUCGACCCCCCUGGACUCCAGCGUGGUUGUGACGGAGGAGGAUCUCAGCCAGAUCCAGAGCAGCACGCCCAAGCUCACCUCGGCUGUAGCGGAGCACAAGCGAGCCGUGCGGCCGGCCAGAAGGAACCAGGGCUCCAGGAACCCUCUGAGGGCUCUGGCCGCGCGUAACGACAUCCGGCAGGUCUACACCGAGCAGAGGCUCAAUGUGGCCUCAGUGGAGACAAAGAGGAUCCAAGUGGAGAGGAUGGCCAAACAUUCCAACCUGGCUGACGUGGCCUUGGCAGGUCUGGCCAGCAAAGAAAACUUUCGCAAGGUCAAGCUGCGCAACGUGAAGUCCACAGAUGUGGUGACCAACAACAGCGCACCGCCUUUCAAUAAGCUCAUGCUCAUUAGGAUCAAAGGGCGGAGACACGUCCAGGUGCGUCUGAUGGAGCCCACGGCUCGCUCCCUCAACAGCGGCGACUGCUUCCUCCUCAUCACACCCAAGCACUGCUUCAUGUGGAGCGGAGAGUUCGCCAACGUCAUAGAAAAAGCCAAGGCAUCGGAGAUGGCAUCCUAUGUUCAAGCCAAAGGGGAUCUGGGCUGCAAGGCCCCGCAGGUAACGGUGCUGGAGGAGGGAAUCAACACUGAGAGCAGAUGGGCCAAAGAGUUCUGGACCCUGCUGGGAGGAAAGGUUGCGUACAGAGGAGCGGGGGAGCCGGAGGAGGAUGAGCUGUACGAGAGCGGGGUGUUGGACUCUAACGGGGUGUACCGGCUGCUGGGAGACAAACUGGUGCCUCAUGAAGACGCCUGGGCCUCCAUACCGAGCGUGACCUUGCUCGACUCUAAAGAGUUGUUAGUGUUUGACUUUGGGAGUGAAGUAUACAUAUGGAACGGGAAAGACGUGCCCUUGGGGGACAGAAAAGUAGCUGUUAAACUGGGUAAACAGCUCUACAGCGGCAGCUACGACUACAGCAGCUGCAGGGUCAACCCACUAGACGCCUCCUGCACCAACGAGGACGUGCCAAUGGAGGGGGAGGGCCGGCCCAGCUGGACUCUGUUCGGCCGGCUCUCGGAGCACAACGAGACGGCUCUGUUCAGGGAGAAGUUCCUGGACUGGGCUGAGAGGAAGAAGGAGGAAGCGGCUGCAGCAGAGGAACUCAAGAGUCCAGAUCCGUGCAGUCCGCGCUCGUCUUUUGACUUGGACCUGCAGCCGUUUGACGCCAAAGCCCUUCUGGACAACGAGGCGGAGCCGGUGAAGACGGUUCUGGAGGGGGUGGACGUGCAGCGGGGCCACGGCGUGGUGAGGACCGAGGACCGGAGACAGGCGGCGCUGGACACGGUGGCCGUGGAAGCCUGGCACAUCAGAGAGCACGGAGAGGAGGAGCUGCCCGAGGAGAGCGUGGGACAGCUGCACGAGGGAGACGCCUACAUCGUCCGCUGGAAGUACUCCAUCACCACACUUGUGGGGAAGCGGCAGAAGCCCGGGGAGCUGAGCUCCGGGGGCCCGGGCCGGGAGAGGACGGCUUGUUUCUUCUGGCAGGGCCGUCACUCCAGCGUCAGCGAGAAAGGGACGUCUGCUCUGAUGACGGUGGAGUUGGGGAGUCACCGCGGCUCUCAGAUGUUGGUGAGUCAGGGGAAAGAGCCUCCGUGCUUCCUGCAGCUCUUCCAGGGAGGUUUAAUCAUCCACAAGGGCAGCAGAGAGGACGGCUCCAGCGACACAGGGCGGUGGAGGCUGUUCUGUGUGCGUGGGGAAGCGGAGGUGGAGGCCUCGCUGGUGGAGGUGGACUGCCUGCGCGCCAGCCUGCGUUCUCGCGCCAGCCUCGUGCUGCUCAACGCUCAGAAACACCGUCUCUACUUGUGGCACGGGUGCAAAGCUCAUGCAGGGGCCAAGCUGGUGGCCAAAAGAGCAGUGGACAAACUAGCGGCGAGGCUUCCCUCAGAGCUGGGACUGAGCAGCAGCAGCAGGAUCAGCGUGGAGGAGGUGGAGGAAGGAUCUGAACCGGGGGAGUUUGUGGAGGCUUUAGGCAAGCAGGACAAGAAGGCCUACGACUGCAUGCUGCAAGAUCCAGGGAAGUACAACUACACUCCUCGACUGUUCCGACUGAGCGCCAGCUCUGGAGCGUUUGAAGGGGAGGAGAAACUGUCUCCUGCUCGGGUGACGGAGGGAACCAUGGCUAUGCCGUUCCUGCAGGAGAACCUCUACUCCGUACAACAGCCAGCCCUGUUUGUGCUGGACAACCACAUGGAGGUGUAUCUGUGGCAGGGCUGGCAGCCCGAGGACACUCAGUGCACCGGAUCAGCCAAGAUGCGCUGGGACAACGAGAGGAAGUGCGCCAUGGAGACGGCGCUGCAGUACUGCAAAGAGAAGAAUCGCCGGCGCCCCCCGCAGGCCUACCUGGUCCUAGCAGGCUGUGAACCGCUGACCUUCACCAACAUCUUCCCGUACUGGGAGAAGGACACCAGCAUCACUUCCAAGGCUGAGAGCUUUAAGAACAAAGUGGUGCUGGUGAAGGAGGCGCUGUCCAACCUCAGCAAGCAGCAGUACUCCAUCGAGGAGCUGACCAGGAAGCCUCUGCCCGAGGGAGUGGACCCUCUCCGCCUCGAGGACUACCUGUCCGACCAGGACUUCAAGACUCUUCUUGAAAUGAACCGAGUUGAGUUCGGUUCGCUACCAAACUGGAAGCAGAAGAAUCUGAAGAAGAGCAAGGGUUUGUUCUGAAAGUGCACGCUUGUGGACGCAGAAGCAGCUUUUCACACUCGUUUGGUUUCAGAAAGGAAUCAAAUCCUGCUCAUUAUGUUGUAAAGGCUUACAAAAGGCAACUGUACAAUUUUAUUGAAAUGUUGAUCUAUUUUUAAUAACUGUGCCAUUUUUUUGUUUUAUGUUACCCUGUCAUUUAAAUAUUUUUAGUGACCAAUUAUGUGCAAUUAUUAUUUUUUAAUUUUCAUUUUUUAAAUGUUUUUCAUACGGUUAAAAAAAACAGUUACCUUGACAUUAUAAAUAUGUAAUAUACCAUUAAUGCUUUUAUGCAUUGUGUGAGAACGCGUUUGUGGUUCAAAACUGAGGGAUUAUUUGUGUUUAACAUUUAAAGAAAAAUCAGCUGUUCAAGGGAAAAAAGUUAACAUUUUAAGGUCAUCAAAGCAAAUCAUAAUCUCAUAGUUCCUGUAGUGAUGGUUUGACCUCACAGACAGACUUGCCAUGGAAACAUAUGGCUUUUUUUCAUUUUCAUGCAAUUGGAAACUAGAUAACUCUUUACUGACUCAUUUUCAUGAGAAUAAUUGAAACGCAAAAGUUUGGUACUGAAUAGUUCCUGGUUUUGAUUCAGUGACGGCAGCCUUCUAGUUGUUUGGGACCAAAUCGUAUCUGUUUGUCUUGUUAAUGUGUUGAAGUGUUAUUUUUAUGACUGUGCGAGUGUGUGCGCGUGUGUUUGGAGAAAUGCACAACUUUAAAAGUAUUACAUGUGUAUGAGGGAGCCUGCAAGAGACAAACUGCUGCAUUUACUGCCUUUUAAAGCAAAACCUGCUCUCUUUGUGACGGUAUUUCACCUGUAAAACUGUCUGUGAGGUCUCCGUUAGGAAAACCUCUGCAAUCACGUUUUCAUUUGUUGCAAUAUGCAUCUUGUUUGUGUUAAAUAAGAUCUGUAUACUAUGAACUACAGAGACGGGUGUGGUGGAGAUUAAAUACUACUCAGUAUUCCCUUUUGAAAUAAAAAGCUUUUUAAAUUAA